AGGUUGAAGUCGUGAGUGAGGAUGAGGACGAGGACGACGACGAUGAGGUUCCUCCCUUAGCAGCGGCUCAGCCUGCUGAAGAUCGGAGCGAGGUUGAAGAAGGGGCAGAAGUUCGGAAGAAUGCCGUUCAUGUCUAUGGUUUGGACUUUCUGAAGACCCAUCACAUGGAGGAGAUCUUUGUUCAGUUUGGCCACAAGUAUGUGGAAUGGAUCAAUGCCUCGAGUGCCAAUAUCAUCUUUAAAAAUGCCGAGGGUGCCAAGAAGGCUUUGGAGGCGCUGUCCUUCCCAAAGACCGAGGACGAGCCUUGGAGACGCACUCCGGACAUCCUGGUCAGCGAGGGUGUGCCACCGAUCUUCCUCCAAAUGCGUUUGGCGACGGUGAACGACGUGAAGAAAGCCAAGAAGGCUGUGCCCAAGGCGAUGUCACCCAUGCACUAUGCCCAGGUCUUUUACAAGAAUCAGCAGCAAGCGAUCCGAGAAGGUCGCCCUCGGCCACGUGGAAAGCCAAAAGCCAAGCCCAAGGCUGGCAUCAAGAGACUCAUCGUGACGGAGGAGGAGCAACAAAAGCGCCAGAGGCGUGCAGACCGUUUCGAAGGUGAAGUGACCGUGGUGCAAGGCUCGGACGCUGAGAAGAAAGGUGCUGCAGAAGGAGAAGCAGCUGAUGCGGAAGCGUUGGUAGAUAAGGCUGCAAACACAGAUGCUCCUGGCAAAGAAGCAGCUGAUGCGGAAGCGUUGGUAGAUAAGGCUCCCGAAGGAGGUGCUGAAGCUGCGAUUCCAGCGACGACCGAGACGGCUGACAAAUCUGAUGACAGAUAGAUAGAA